AUGGCCAAAUUCGACCCAGAAGAAGAGAAAAGGAUGGCCCAGGCCUCCGAUUUCUAUACCAGGAACCCACACGUCAAAAAAUCUACGAUUGCGCGUCAAUUCAGGGUCAAAUUACGCCUCUGGAAAGCGCGUUUGGCUGGCCGCGCACCACAAAACACCAAAGGGGGCCUCAACAAGGUCCUUAAUCCUGAUUAG